AUGGAGAACCUGCACAACACAAUAACGUUGGGAUUUAACGAAAACAUUCACGCCAUGAGCAGUGAGGAAACGACAAACAACAACAACAACAACAACAAUUACAAUAACAGCAGCAGCAACAACUUCAACAACGACGUCGCCAAAAGCAACAGCGAACUGACACUGACACUCAAAUCGCUAGACACAACGUUGAAGCGACACACGGAAGCGUUACUCCUCUCAGACAGACGAUUCUGCACGCUCGUCAACAACUUCAGCAGCAGCAGUAGUAACAGCAACAAAAACAUCGAAUUCGACAGCACCCAACAGCAACCAGAUAGUCUGUUGCGAUUCCUUGGCAAUGGAACCAUGCAGCAGAUCGGUGGGUCAUCCAGUGCCAGAUCGAACGUGGCUUACCAGAGGCACAACAGCAUGCAGCAGCAUUCAAACAGAGAUGUGGAUAAGAUGGAGAGAAAGGUUAACACGAGACAACAGCAGGCAAAAAAUGGACACCAGCUACUGAGUAGGUCAUUCACGAACACGUCUGCCUCCAAUGUCCUCUUCAUGAACGGAGAUCUGGAGGACAUUAAGGAAGACAUUGUUCGAAAUAAAAAGGCCCGUCUAGAUACCAUCACACUGAAUCCCAACAGAUACAGUCAGGCACAUUCAGACAAAAAAAAUUUUGAAAUAAAAAGAGGUUCAUAUGAUGAUAAUCAACUUAGGAGGCACAUCACAGGCGUGCAUAAACGUAUAAGAAUGUACAGAACCAUCUUAUCAGCGUGA